AUGGCUAUUGUCGUAGUCUUGAGCUCUUCACCUCAUACGGAAAACAAAUUGGGAUCUCAAAGAAUUCAGGUACGUUUCUAUUACUGCUCGUACGGUAGUGCCAUAUCAACACUCCAAUUGAUCGUGCAACCUCUUAAUGGACAACCAUCAAAAAUCAUUUGGACGCCUCCGUCAAGUUCCACAUUUGGUGAUCAAAGUUACUAUUGUGAGUGGAUGAAAGUAUCGGUGGAUUUGCCUGAACAGAAAGGAGAAUAUUAUUUGAAGAUGAGUGUCAGUAAAAUAUUCGAUUCAUCGAUAAGUUUCGCUAUUGAUGAUUUCUCGAUGACACCGAAUUGCUUCACAAGAGAGGUUGCAUGGCGUAGUCAGUACAUUCCAUUCGUUUACAAUAUCACUAGCUGUGGUCAAUCUGGAAAUCAAGCACCGUCAACCACUGACUGUGCGAAAUUCUACAAUCAUACUAAUACUCACGCUGUGCUAGCCAGUGGGCGAAAGGAUGGAUUCCAGAAAUGGCUAGCACCAAAGACUGCUGAAUACAGAAUCGAAGCAUACGGUGGCUCAGGGGGUCAUCUUCCGCAUCAAGCGAUCAACAAUUACGGUGGCCGAGUGGUCACUCUGGUGAAUCUGACCACUGCUAUGGAGCUAGAAGUGCUAAUCGGCCAACAAGGCGAGAGUCCUUGUGAUACUAUGAACGAUGACAUCGGAGAGAUGAUCGUGAGUGGUCAAAAUUUCUCCAAAAUUUAG